AUGGCUACUACUGCGACAAGUGUAGCCACGGUGACGCAGAUAAGUCUGUUGACGGAAGCUGAAUAUGGUUGUGAGCAUCUUGCUGCUAUCCUCAAAGACGGGGAGGAUCGCGGUGCCAAAUUCACCAUUGCAUUCUUGAAGCAGAUUGCUCUGCGCACAUCUGACCCGUCUCACUGCGAGACAAACGGCGUCAAGCCCCUGCCCAGCUUCAAGCGGUCAGUCGCAAAGCCAGAGUAUAUCUGUGUGGACUGCUCAGAAAGGCACAGCAACGGUGAUCGACAGAUCCACAGCGAAAAGGCGAAACAUCUUUUUUAUGUCGACUCCCGCACUGCUGCCCUUUUCUGCCAGGAAUGCCGAGAUUUUGUGUAUGAUCAUGAAUUAGAGAAGAUUAGAGCUAUGGCCUCAGGGCUUCCGUCCCGCAUUCGGAUUGGCCAGGAGAAGCUCGAUAGUGUACGAGCGGCAAAGCUGAUAGAGCAUGCGGUUUUGGAUGCAUAUUCACAGGCGAAGAAAGAUAGAGAUACGCAAGUCAAACGCGACAAAACGACGACUUACAUUUUCAAAAGCUUACUCGACAAGACCAACAAGACGGCCAAGAAGCGGAAAUCGAGUGAAAUCUCGACGAAUGGAAUAAACGGUGACCAUGCACACCAAAACGGGGUGAAUGGAAAUGGCGCAGAUGCUGUAGAAAUCGAAGCGGAUGAGGCAUAUGUCCGGGCCAAUGCUACGAAACGCAUCUGCCAGAGUGAAGGGCUUCGGGGGCUUUUCAAUCUCGGCCAGACUUGUUACAUGAACGUCGUCCUGCAGACGCUGCUACACGAACCGAUACUAAAUGCCUACUUUCUAGGCAAUGGGCACAAAUAUUACGAAUGCGCGGUGGACGGCUGCGUCUUGUGUGCGAUGGGCAAAGCAUUUGCAGAUUUCAACGGGUGUGACAAGAAGGAUGGAAUUACGGCAGAGCAACUGCUAUACUCGACGUGGAAGAACUAUCCACCCCUCGCCGGUAAUCGCCAGCAAGACGCGCACGAAUUCUAUCAAUUCCUCGUUGGCGGGCUUCACGCAGCGACAUCAGUCGAAGAAGACCAGAUGAAAUGCCACUGUUUCUUCUGCAAGGCAUUCUUUGGCAAGUUCCAGAGCACGCUGACCUGUCCAAUGUGUCAACACACGAGCCCGACAGAGCAGACGCUGCUCGAGCUGAGUCUGGACGUGCAGUUGCACUCUAAAAAACAGCAAAUGAACGGCACUCUCCACGGCUCAACGCCCACGCUGGCCAAGUGCUUGCAGUCCUGGGUAUCCCCCGAGGAACUGACUAUGGAGGGAUACCAAUGCCAGGGCUGUCACGGGUAUCCGGACAAGCUGACCAAGCAGUUGCGAAUUAAACGACUCCCUGCGAUGCUAUGCAUGCAGAUGAAGCGCUUCGAGCAGACAGAAUCCGAAACGCGAAAAAUGCGCGGCAAAAUCGACUUUCCUCUAGAAAUCAACAUGCAGCCGUAUACCGUGGCCACAACAACGGCAGGGUCGUCGUCGAGAUCUCAGAACGAGAAAUUCGUGUACGAUUUGGUGUCGGCAAUUGUCCACGACGGGGUUGGGCUGAACGAGGGUCACUACAUUGCGUACGUGAAGCAGGGGGAUCGAUGGUGUUUGUUCAACGACGACAAGGUGACGCUGGUGUCGGAGGGGGAUGUGCUGAAUGCAGAUGCGUAUUUGCUGUUUUAUACGCUGCGCUCGCUGUCGUGGUGA